AAACAAUUAUCUUCACACUUCUUCUUCACACACCAACAACUAUAUAAUAAUAAUAAAAAAUAAAAUAAAUAUUAGAAUAAUAGUUUCAGUGUUAAAAAAAUAUAAAAACUGUGAAAAAAAUUAUAAAAAAUAUUAAACAAGAUUUGUCGCUGCAAAGCACGUCACGCCGCCGCCUGUUCAUGCAUUUUAUAAUGUAGGCACAACCGACACAUCACGUGUGUGUGUGUCCCUCCUGCUGCUGCGGUUGGAAAACAUUUCACAAAAUAAUUUGCAAGACGCACCACUAACAACAACGAAAAAAAAAAAUGAUAAAAAAUAAAUUUCUGUUGCAUGUUGCGUUUUCAAAUUAAAAUUCCAUAUAUUUAUUUCUCGUCUCACACUACGAGUCGACACAUUCAUUUUGCAUUUUAUUAUUUUUGUUGGAACUAACAAGCAACUACCGAGCAACAGCUAAAAGCAACAAAACAUCAUCAACUAGUGGCAUCGUCAUCGCUCUCCGACAAAUUUUGCAUCACAAACACGUUCAAAGGAAGCAAUUAUACAAGAAAAACAUUCAGAAAAUGAAAUUGAGUGUCAGUGCGUAUCGAGCUCAUGCAUCAGCCCACAAGAAAAUUCUGUCAUCAAGCUAUCAGACACAACUCAACUACGGGAGUACAGCUGCCUCUAGCUCUGGCCCAAACUCUACUGGACUUUUUUCAAUGGACCCACCCUCAACUUCGACAUCACUUACACAACAAACACAGAUGACAACUGGUCCCGGCACGGGAACCUUGGCAACUGGCACACAACCAGGCGGCAUCUCGAACCUUCUCAGUCCCACAGAGACCGUUUUAUCGCCAGGCACAAAUACGGGCUCGCUUGCGACAUCGCGCGAAGAAGAAGAAGACUCAACCAACCAAUCGUCGGAUUGCAAAAGUCCCGGAGGCACGCGAACGAAAUCCAAUCAGCGAUGGAUGAAACUGAGAACCACAGUACAAAUAUCAUCGGCAAUACAAAGCAAGAAACCGCCCCUCAAGCGAGAAGAUUCCUUUCUUAAGCGAUUUUCAACGCGACAAAUACCGGAAACACAGGAAACAGUCGAAGAUACAGGUUCCGAAGGUGCCAUUAACGACCAUGAGAAAAAUUCGCGGAGACGCCGCCGCCUAAAAGCCCCCAAAACUGUCGUUAAUCCCGACGAAAAUUUCUACUUUUACUGGCUUAUGUUGCUCACGAUAUGUGUCUUAUAUAAUUUAUGGGUGCUAAUUGUACGACAAAGUUUUCCCGAACUUCAGGAAAAAGCGACCACCUUUUGGCUGGUUUGCGAUAGCAUCAGCGAUUGUGUCUUUGUGUUUGACGUGGUCGUGCAAUUGCGAACAGGAUACUUGGAACAAGGUCUUAUGGUAUAUGACAGUAAAAAACUAGCUGGUCAUUAUUUGAAAUCAAGAGCCUUCAUAUUUGAUUUGGUAGCUUUAAUACCAUUAGAUGCAUUACAGCUUAGAUUUGGUCCGCAACCAAUGUUACGAUUUCCGCGUUUUUUUAAAGUUUAUCGUGCCGUUAAAUAUUACUACAUUGUCGAAAGUAGGACUGUUUGGCCAAAUUUGUGGCGCGUCGUUAAUUUAAUUCAUAUCCUACUGAUAUUAGCACACUGGUUUGGUUGUUUCUACUAUUUGCUGUCCGAAGCCGAGGGAUUUCAGGGAGAUUGGGUCUAUCCAUACCGUCCGGGAGAUUAUGCAACCUUAACGCGAAAAUAUUUAGGGAGUUUAUACUGGUCAACGUUAACGCUGACAACGAUCGGAGAUCUGCCCACACCGGAAACGAAUGCAGAAUACGUGUUCACAAUAACAAGUUACCUAAUAGGCGUUUUUAUAUUUGCUACAAUUGUCGGUCAAGUUGGCAACGUAAUUACAAAUCGCAACGCUAAUCGACUGGAAUUCGAACGAUUAUUGGAUGGAGCGAAGACGUACAUGCGACACCAUAAGGUGCCCGGUGGCAUGAAACGCCGUGUGCUGCGCUGGUACGACUACAGUUGGUCACGAGGUCGCAUUCAAGGUGGCGGCGACAUCAAUACCGCUCUCGGGCUAUUGCCGGAUAAAUUGAAAACCGAGUUGGCACUUCACGUCAACUUGAGUGUGCUGAAAAAGGUGACAAUUUUUCAAGAAUGUCAACCCGAAUUUCUGCAUGAUUUGGUGCUGAAGAUGAAAGCGUACAUUUUUACACCGGGCGACUCCAUUUGCAGGAAGGGAGAAGUAGCGCGAGAAAUGUUUAUCAUUGCAGAUGGGCUUUUGGAAGUUCUGAGUGAGACGGGGAAGGUGCUCACGUGCAUGAAAGCUGGAGAUUUUUUUGGUGAAAUUGGGAUUUUAAAUUUGGAUGGAUUGAAUAAACGAACUGCUGACGUCCGUUCCGUCGGCUACUCCGAACUCUUCUCACUUUCUCGCGAAGAUGUCCUUGCCGCCAUGAAAGACUACCCGGAAGCGCAAGAAAUCCUCCAAACGCUCGGCCGAAAACGACUCAUGGAAGUUCGCUGCGUCAAUAAACGCCAUCCCAAAAUCCCCGUGAAUCCAGCGAAUGAUCCGCAAGCCGGAAGCGGUGCCGCCAUCCGACAAGGCGAAGACAGUAGUGAUAAUAGUGCCUCAAAACGAAUUGUAGAUAAGCUACGCAGCGACGUCAAGGGUUUUAAAAAUGCACUGAGAAAGUCAAGUCGCACAACGACUGGUCGUCUCAGCAACGAGUCAAUUGAACUGCAACCGUUACAAGGAAGCGGAACGCGCACACCGAAAAACGUUCUGCGACGCAUGCCACGCGUCAAAUCCGACGACAACAACGAGGAACAGGAAGGCAAAUACGACAAAGUGAUUAGUCCGAUAGGCGCAGGACUGCCAUUGCUGCAACGAUUGCGACUGUUGAAGGAGAAACAAGAUCGCGAAGAGCGAGCAGCUAAAGCACCAGCAUCAUCUGCACCAUCUAACGCUAAUAGUAUAGUUUCACUUCCAUCAUCAUCACAUUCUCAUGUAAAGUCUGCCAUAUCGCCGCAGGAAUCGAUACAAGAAGAGCCCGAGCAAGAGGUGAUCGGUGCAGGGCUUCCGUUACUGCAACGAUUAAAACUUCUCAAGCAAAAGCAAGAUCAGGAAAUGGAGCAGACGAAGCUUCAACCCACAAUUCUGGCAGGCAGUUCAAUGCCCGUCGGCAUAAGUCCCACAUCACCCACACUAAAAGUCCCUCCAAUGAGUCCGCCAGCAGCGAGCGGAAGCAGCGGCGUCUCUCUCUCACCCACGAAACUCAUGAAAGCCAUUCACAAGGUCUCGUUCAAAGAUCGCAUCAAGAGUCUGCAAUCGGACAAGACAUCCGGCGCCGGUAGCAAAUCCAUUUCGAGCGACAACAGUGAUAUGAAACAGCAUUUAAUUCCGCCUCCAUCUCCGACACAAAGCCAACUACAAGGUCAAAUCACACGUAGUAGUCAGAUUAGUACAACAACUAGUAAUAAUAAUAAUAGUAAUAGUAAAACCAAUAAUACUAGCAAACCGUCCACAGCGCAAACCAUUAAAGAAAAAAUCAAGUCUUUUAGUAAUUUCGAUAAGUUACAUCGCGUAGAUCACGCCUCAUCCAUGUCAUCCGUUCACACGAUUUCGGCAGCAGCAACGACGUCGUCGUCGUCGGGCAGCAGCGCGCCAGUUGCCGGAACCGCAUCCAUCAAACCAUGGUCCAAGCUCAAAUUAGCCACUGUUAUAGGUGGCAGCUAUACAAGUCUGAACAAUGCACAGGCCGAAGAUUCGCCGAACAAAAGCAAAAGCAAGUCGUCCAAAUCGACAAAAGGUGCCGGAGGCUCGGAGCUCAAUCUGACAUCGCGAAAAUCCCUGUCGAACGAGAAAGCGAGUGUUAGUGACAGUGAGCUGAAAAAUCUUCCGAGUACUCGAGUCGUGCCAAAAAUCAAGCAAAAACCGAAGCCGAUUCGGAUCGACCCGAAUCCGAAAAUGUAUCAAAGUGUGGAUGACUUGUCGCCGGAAUACGGUGGCCUGCCAUUCGUGAAAAAGCUGAAAAUCCUGAACGAAAGACAAAAAUUAGCGGAACUCGAGUCCGCCAUCCAAACACGUAGCUUUAGUUUAGACUGUACCGAAACCGCUAACAAUUACGCUCAAGUCGAGCCGCUGUACCGCAGUCAUAGCGAAGCCAGUUGUAUGGCGCCGCGCGGUAUAACCACAACCACGUCAACGACUCCGCAUCAUCAGCAGCCGCUUAACACGACUCCCGUGACGGGCAUUCGACGGAGCUACGUGCUCGAACAGCAGUGCCUCAAUUCCCCGCUGAGUCCCGAGUCGAAUGAGACACGCGAACGCCGCGAACUGAAGAGCAUUCUGAAGAAACUGUCCGAAGACAAGAUCGCCAAUGACGAAGCCGAGGCACGUGGCGACCUGAAUCGCCUCAUGCGCGCACAAACACUCGAAGGGUACGUUGCGAGACACAGCAAAUUCACAAAAAGCGUUACCUUCAACCGUAACACUCUUUCUAGUCCCCCCAAUAGUGCUGGAUUGCCGCCGUUAUCGCCGCAAGCGGUUUCCCCUCACGUCAGAGACGACGCUCUCUAUCCCCCUCCUCCCGUUUCGCCAGCAGCGGCGGCGGCGGCGGCAGCGACGUCAAUUUCCGACGUUACCACGAUGACAACGACGAGUCUCGUUUCGCCCACGGAAAUUACCACGACGAAAAUUAGCACGAAACAAAUUAUCACGGAGCAGGAAAUUCAUCAUGCGAAACUUGCGGACGACUCGUCGCCGCUUAAACCUCCUUUCUUUACAGCAAUGUCUCCCAAUCAGCGGAAUAUCAUCAAAGGUGGCAUUGAAGAGCACGAAUAUUUUGGUGAAAUUCUGCUGGGCAUCAAGCAAGUCAUUCAGAGUCACUUGAAGGAGGUGCAGGCAAAGUUUUACGAAAAGUUUGUCGAUUUGGAGGAGGAAGUGAAGCAACGUGAUAUGAUAAUUGUGCAGCUGCAAACGAGAAUUCAUGAGCUGGAACACGGAAGAACGUGUGGUAGUAGUAGGUUGGCACAGCUCAAGGAUAGCAUUGAGAAUAAGGAGAGACCGAGUAGCGGCGGAUCAGGGUCGUCCAAUGAGUUGCCUUUCAUGCGCGGUGACUCCUUAGACACAAUUUUCGCAUCGUCACCGCCCUCUGAAGGCCAAUUGACACGCUCAAAAUAUCGCAACCGCAAACGAAUUUCGCCGAAACAUCGUGCAAUUAACAGUCAAUCAUGGGAAAGCAGCGACCAAGACAGCUUCGAUCAACCCCAGCGACGUGAUAGCAUGGUUGUUAGCAGUUACACGGGUAAUUUGGUGCCAGACAGCGUAAUUCUCGACAUGGGCACAAGCACGAGUUCCAAUGACUCGCAAUCCGACGAAGAAGCUCUCGAGGAGGAGGCGGAAGAGGAGCAAGAAGAAGAAGAACUCGAGGAAGAAGAAGAAACCUGCGACGAAGACGACGAUCAAGUGAACGAACUCCAUUCGAACGACUGGGAAGUCCGGAUGCUCGCAGCGGAGUUAGAUAAACGCGAAAGCAAAUCUGCUGGCGACAUGCGAGGCACAGAUGUCGAUGAAAGUGACGGCUUGCUGAGACGAAGACGCAAACGCAGUUACACCACAGAUACGGAUUACACGGAUUCCGACAUGGAUAUGAAUAGUGCAAGACCGCGAGCUGGCAGCUUGGACCAAUAUAACUUGCGACGGAAGGAAAGAACGCGAGGCGUCUUCAAAGCAAUGAGCUUCGAUCGGGACAAAGAUAAGCUUUGAGACAUAAGAGUCACAUACGACAUUUACAUGUUUGCAACAAACGUAAUUGAUUAGAAAUUUUCUCUCACAUUUCCC